AUGUCGGCGUCGGCGCAACAGCAGAAGAUUAGAAGGAUAGUGUGGACAGCUGCCAUUGCGUCCAUCACUGCAACUGGGGCUUGGUAUGGUGCUGGGCUGAAGACGAAGUCGGAGUUAAAGCAGAUUGCUGAGAAACGUCGCGAAGCUACACCCACAGAGAAGAUCGCACAGCUCGAGGAACAACGUGGUGGAUUGGUUGCGAAGAGGCUAGGACUGGAGAAGAAAAUUAGGGAGUUGGAGAUGAGGGCCCAAGGAGCGACGAGACAGGAGAGUAUGCAGGGGCAAGAGAGGAGACGGUGA